ACCAACAGCUGCAACAAGAUGUCCAACUCCUAUAUGGAACACUGACCGAUGAAAAUUAACGAGGAAAUGUGAGAAAAAAAAAUGCUGCUCAAGGGCUCCUCUGAUGUGAAAUGUAACAUCGCAACAAAGUCGGCGAUUUCCGGUCGGUCUGUGUUUACCAGACGAUCUGACAGUGUGUACUGACUGAAAGAAGCAUACCAACCAACGCUGGGGAGCUUCAGAUGAGUCUGUCUGCAUUUCCGACAGCUGGCCGUGUUACAGAAUUGGAAAUACCAUGGAGGCAUUCGCCAGUUGUCACAUUGGAAUUUGGGGAUUUUUGGGGAUUAUCACUUUAGCUCUGAUAACUUCUGUUGUGGUGAAUGUUAUCUACUGCACAGCCAACCGACAAAAAGCUCCCAGAUCAAUAUACCGAAGUGUCAAACAAUUGCAGAGUUCUGUGACUCAGGAAGUUGAUGAUAAUCCAAUUUAUGGCAAUCUCAACCAGGAUUACACAGUUGAAGGUGAGAGCUGUUAUGAAGCCAUGACGCCAACUAGUGGAUCUGGAGAUGAAACCAAGGUGGUGGCUGAAAAUCAAAUGUGCUAUGCAUCUCUAGACCUUCCAGUGGAACGGAAAAAACGACACAGAAAGAUGGAAAAACAAAAGAUGAAUAAUAACAUACUGGAGGAUGAUAAUGUGCCGCUUAAUUCACAUGCAUUGACCUCAAGACCCAGCAUUUACCUGAAUAGUGAUCAGAUUUCUUUUAACGAAGGUGGAAGAGAAGAAACUAUACAUGAUGAUCCGAUUACUUUUUAUGGCAGAGUAAAGACAUUGCAAAGCAAUCUGUCAUUAAAUGAUACAGUUACAGCAUUUGAUAAUAUAAGAUGACCUUUAGUUGGUGCUUGUAUCAACACUAGUAAGAUUAAUCAUGAAGUAAUAGGAUGUUCAGAGAAAUAUGUAAAAGGAACAAGUUUAUUGCGAAAAAAAUUCGCAUUGAAAUGUGUUGUCAUCAUUUACAUGGAAAUAUCAGAAAGAACAAACAACUUUUAGUUUCAAAUUUACAUUACAAUUCCAAAAAAAUUCCAUCUAAGAAACUUCAUUCUGGAAUUCAUAAGCAACAAAUAGCACUGAAAAAUAAACAUCCCAAUCAAUAAUCCAUUUUUCCAUAAUUCACCAGUUUCAGUGCGCUACAUUUUUAACCAAAGGGGUUUUAACCUGUCUGAGUUUCAAGUCCAUUCACUUGUUGAACGUCACCAUUUUGUUACUCAUUGAAGACAACAAUGUUAGAGGUGUUUCAUCUCUGCCUGUACUUAUUCAAAUAGAGUUCAGAUAGGUAAACCAGCAUGGUAUACAGCAAUAUCUUUAAACUGGGAAUUAAAGUUUAGGUGUAACUUCCAUUACAAUAUCCAACUGUUUGAAUGUUUAAAAUUGAUGUCACUUUACGAAUUCAGUCAUCUGCCAGAGCUGUAUUGUUUAGUAAUGCCAUUAGUUUUAAAAUAAGCCUAAAUAUAAAAAGACUAGUAAACUGUAUUUAAAACAAAAAUUAGAUGUGCUUCUAGUCUUGAAUAUUCUAAUACAUUUUUGACCAAGCUCCAGUGUCCAAUCCCUGAAAGCUAAAUUUCUGCUGUCCAUGUCCUAAUUCACAUCAAAUCACGUUCACCUUCUCUUCAGUGCUCAGUAAACUACACUUGUUCUCAGUUAAGUAAUGUCUCAAUUUUAAAAUUCUCAUCUCAAGUCCAUUGCCUCCCUCAUUCUGUCUGUAAUCCUCUGUAACCCACCAAAAUAUCUUCUAACUCUGGCCUUAUAAAUACCUGCUUUUGAUCACUCUAGUUGGCCUUCACCUGUUGAGGCCUUAACGCUGAGCAUCCUUCCCUCAAUUUCUCUCUUUCUUAAAAUAUUCCUAAAAACGUGUCCCUUUGACCAGCCUUUUGGUCAUCUGACUUAAUACCUUAUAAGAUUCAGUUGUUUUGGUUUUAUAAUCCUGUGAAGUGCCUUGGGAGGUAAAAUGGUGUCAAAUUUAUGUUGUUAAUGCAUUUUAAUUGUCUUUUACCUUAUAAAAUGUCUACAUGAACACAGUUCCCCAUUGCACCAUUUUACGCCUGGGUUCUGUCACAGGCAAGGAAAAACCAACAUCCCUAAAAGUGUUAAUACAGACUGGCGACUAUAAGGCACCAAUAAAUCUCAAUUUCUAAUCUGACAUUUCCGUUUAUGGUCUGAUACAUGGCAAGCUGUGUAUUUAAAGAGACAGCUAUAUAUAUGGAAAGUUAGUCAUCUUGUGGUUGCACACGUCAAAUUGCAUUCGAAGAUGUGGUUGGUUUAAGACUUAGAGAAAAUGCUUUCUGAUGUAAGAACUCUGUCCUUCACUCACUGAUCAGACUCUUCUAUCAUUCAAAUGAAUGAGCAAGAGCCCACAAGCUGGCCUUUUUCAAAUAGUCACCAACACAGUGCAAAAUUAAAAAUAACAUUUUAAGUCAAAGUUUAAUGGGAAAGCUUCAGUUGUUGCCUGUAGUGAGGCAUGAUAACCAUGGUACAGUGGAAUGUCACUUCUUGGUGAAUGUUGUGGUCAAUGUGAUUGUGAUCCUCCAUCUUUUUUUCUUUUAACUGAAUAGGAAUUAUCACAAUUAUCCUUUAAUGUUUCAGACUAGGAGCAGACUUUGAAAAGAGUCUCUAAAAGGAGACAUUAAUCACAGUGACAGUGAAAGCAAAAGUGAUAGUACAUACGUUAAGUACAGGAGCAGAGAUAUUUUGCUGCCACUGUACGGUGCAUUGGUGAGACUGUGCCUGGUGUAUUGUGUGAGAUUCAGUCUCUUUAUCUGACAAAGGAUGUCUUAUGUGAGGAUACUGGAUCGGUCAGGACAAUAUUCACUGGCGUUUAGAAGAAUGAAGGGAGAUCUCGUAGAAGCCUGUAGAAUUCCAACAGGACUAGACAGAGUAAAUGCAGGAAGGAUGUUCCCCAUGACUGGGGAGUCCAGAAAAAGUGAUCACAGUCUAAGGAUACAGAAUUGGCCAUUUAUGUCUGAGAUGAGAAGGAAUUUCUUCAACUAGAAAGUGGCUGAGCUCAAAUUAUUUAAUGUUUUCAAGGAAUCAGCUAUAGUUUUUACAGGGGUCAAAGGGUAUGGGAAAAAAGCAGGUAUAGGGCACUGAGUUGAAUGAUCAACCAUGAUCAGAUUGAAUGGCGGAAUUGAUGAAUGGCCAACUCCUGCGUCUAUUCCCUUUGUUUCUAUGUAUUAUUUGUGAAUUUGUCAUCAUAAUGGUAAUACUAAUUACUUUCCCUUAUAUACUAUGUGUUCUAAAGUAAAAGUAACACAUGCAGAUUGUAACUUAAUGUUUAUUUAAAUAAAGUAUUACAUUUUGAUUAUA